UUGAUCCAUAUAAGCGGUUGGUCACUAUAACCGUGAUCACUAUAAGCGGUUUCCACUGUAUUUUAAAUAUUGCUAGUGCUGAAACCAAUUGGUGGUAUUACCCUUAGGUAGCUGAAACUGUUUUUCUGUAGUGUUUAAAUUUGACCUCUUUUUUUUUGGUGUCGUCUUCACUAAAGCCACACUGUGUCCAAAGGACAGACACGGCAUUUUUCUUUGGUACAAGCUGCUCGAGUUGCUCAGUCGGCUUGGUUUUUGAGUACUCCUCAUUGUUGCUGGUUGUCAGUUGUUGGAGUCCCGUGACAACACAUGCGGUAGUAUAUUUUUAAGUGGACAGCAAAUGAACACACACUGGGGAAAGUAUUAACGGUUUUUAAGUAUUAACAGAAUUUAAAAAAGUAACACAAAUGGGCAAGAUUACGUCGAGGUACGUAGAGGUUCUGAAAGUCGGUUUUGAUUCAUUUUCCACUAAUUGCCCAGCCCUACUUUUAAGUCAAUUUUAGAAAGUAUGAGCAACCAGGAUUAUUUCCAUCCAUCCAUCCAUUUUCUGUAACUGCUUAUCCUAUUCACCUUACCAGUGGAGUGUGGGUAGGAAACCAAAGUACCCAGAGGAAACCCCAUAAGGACACAAGGAGAACAUGCAAACUCCACACACCUGGAGCCAUGGCGGAAACUUGAACCCUGGGCCCAGAUAUAAAAGACAACAGUGCUAACCACUACACCACCAUGUCGCCCUCAACAAGGUUCAUUUAUUGGCUUCAUUUCCACACUUUGAAGGCUGGUGGUUCAUGUCAGUCUGGCCAUAUGAGACUUUCCUGCCAGCAUCUUUCACUGUACACUUGUGUGAGACUUAAAGCAGGGUUGUCUUACCACUUAGGCAAAAAGAAACUGCCAAGAUAAUCCACACACGUGCAAGAAUAUAUGUUCUCUGCCUCACAAAUCUCAUAACCAGUGACUGUAGUCAAUGAGUUUUGCUGUUACUAGGUUCAAUUUUACAUGUGUUAAGAACUCAUUGAAAUUUAAAUGCCACAGUUACAGGGGAGGAGACAGGUGUAUGGGGGCACGAUAGGACAAACUGCAAUACAGGACAAACAGCAGUGCAAUAUAAGACAAGGCAGUGCAAUAUAAGAACAAUUGGACAACAAAUAAGCAAUAAAUAGGUAAUGCAAUUGGGAUAAUCCGCUUGGCACAGCUGUCUGCCUGUUAACUUGGCAGCAAGACGUGAAAACACGCGAAUGCUGAACCUGCUGGACAGGGUGCAGCCGCACCGGGAUAUCCAGGUACUUGUCGUAUUGUACCCGACAGCCCGGUUACUCGUUGUGUUGUACACGACAACACGGCCAAGCGGCUUUUCAACCGCGGGCCCGGAGACACAGCAGUACCUCCUGUGUUUCAGACUGUUUCUGCCCACUGGACACAGACGGCUACGUGCGCGAAGUACCACAAGUUGCGCCAGGCAAAAAAAACAAAACAAUAUAUAACAAUAUAAACAAACCAGCAAUAAACCAAUACGCUGAGGCGCGUUUUCCCGAAGAACAGACAAUGCCCGAGGAUACUACGGCAGGCCCUGACAUGUUACAGCAUUAAGACCACUGUGAAACACCAAACUCCGCGGAGCCGCGCUGCUAACGGGGUAGCCGCCCGACCGCGAGGUAAACCUGAGAUAAACUUGAGGAGAGUCCGUUCCUUGCUUACGAAAGCUGCAGGAUGAGCUCCGGCCAGGCAGUGGGCCCCCUGAACAGCGGCCGAGGAAAUGAGCCCGAUGACCAGCUGUUAAAGCUGCCAGAAAAGCUGCAUCAGCGACUGAUGCCGUUCCAGAGGGAAGGUGUCAGAUUUGCGCUCUCAAGAGACGGGAGGUGCAUGAUUGCUGAUGAGAUGGGCCUUGGGAAGACCCUGCAGGCCAUCGCAGUGGCUUGUGCCUACAGGCAGGACUGGCCCCUGCUGAUUGUGGUCCCCUCCUCUCUCAAAUACCCCUGGAUCGAGGAGCUGGAGAAGUGGAUUCCGGAGCUCGACCCGGAGGACAUCAACCUGGUAGAGAACAAGGCGGAUAUUGAAGGCAUCAGCCGUAGCUUGGUCACAGUGCUGGGCUACGGCCUCCUCACCAGCGACGCCCAUGCCCUGGUCAGCGCCCUCACCCAGCGAGACUUUGGCGUGGUGCUGGUGGACGAGUCACAUUACCUGAAGUCUCGUCAGGCGGCCCGCACUCGCCUCCUGGUUCCCUUGAUCCGGAAAGCCCAGCGGGCCCUCCUGCUGACCGGCACGCCUGCACUGGGCCGCCCGGAAGAGCUUUUCAUGCAGAUCGAUGCCCUGUACCCCAGACAGUUUGGGACCUGGUCUGAGUAUGCCAAGCAGUACUGCAACGCCCAUUACAGGUUCUUUGGGAGCAGGCGUCAGUGGGACUGUCGGGGGGCGUCGCACCUGGACGAGCUGCACCGACGCCUGGCUGAGGUCAUGAUCCGCCGGCUCAAAGCGCAGGUGCUCACCCAGCUUCCCCCCAAGAUCCGGCAGCGCAUCCCAUUCGACCUUCCCAAAGAUGGAGCCAAGGAAGCCAGCGCCAGCUUUGAGGAAUGGCAGAAGCUGAUGGGGGUGCUGGCCUCAGGGGCCCCACACAGUGAAAAAGACCCAUUUGUGGAAGUCAUGGGGCUCAUCACACGCAUGUACAAGCAAACAGCCAUCGCCAAGGCAGGUGCGGUGAAGGACUACAUCAAGAUGAUGCUGGAGAACAAGGAGCUGAAGUUCCUGGUGUUUGCGCACCACCUGACGAUGCUGCAGGCAUGCACAGAGGCAGUCAUCGAGGCCAAGGCGCGCUACAUCCGCAUUGACGGCAGCGUCCCGUCCUCCGAGCGGAUCCGCCUGGUGCACCAGUUCCAGAGCGACCCCGUCACCCGUGUGGCCAUCUUGAGCAUCCAGGCUGCUGGUCAGGGCCUGACCUUCACAGCAGCCAGUCAUGUCGUCUUCGCCGAGCUCUACUGGAACCCAGGCCAUGUGAAGCAGGCAGAGGACCGAGCGCACCGCAUCGGGCAGAGCCGCUCUGUGCACGUGCAUUACCUCAUCGCCAAGGGCACCUUUGACACCGUCAUGUGGGCCAUGUUGAACAGGAAGGAAACCAUAACAGGUAGCACCUUAAAUGGGAGGAAGGAGUACCUCAAUGCGGAAGUCGGGGACAAGGAAAAGUGGGAGUUCCUGAAUUUUGCCAGUAUGUGGACGCCCAGCGGUGCCGUGGAGGGGGUCCCUACCAAUCACAAAGACGAAGGCGUGUUCUUCUCACAUCUCGAGAAGGACCGCCAGCAUGACAUCCGUUCAUUUUUCUCGCCAAGCUCCGCUAAGGAGAAGAGGCGGAGGAAGCCCUCGGGGGAACAGGCCGAGCCAGACGCUUGCACUGACACUUCCGACGAGGAAUUUGCUCCCCAGUGUAAGAGGCUGCGGCGGAUUCGCUGGCCCUCGUCGCUGCCCAGUGGCCCUUGCUGGCCGUCCACAGGGCCCCCCCAGGCUGCCCCCACAAGUCACAGCGGGGAGUGGAACUGCAGCUCCUGCACAUAUGCCAACAGCGACCUCCUCCCUUACUGCGAGAUGUGUGAGGCGUCACGCCCCUGCACAGCCGUGCCCGUGCCAAAAGGAACUCGACGACCCUGCCUCGCUCGUUCUGCCGUGGAUGGAGGGGACCCACGUCUGUCUCCUGGGGCCUCCAACACCGAUGGGGAACCAGAACAGCAGGAUGAGGGGCACACGGGUGGAGAGCCAGAGCACGAGGACGUGGACCUGGAGCCCGAGGAGGAGGAGACGCCCCACCCGUAUGGGCAGGCAGGCUGUCGCUCACCUCAGCUGGCAGACGGGACCGUGCGUGAAUCUUCCUCUGGCCUCCCUGUCUACGAGGGCCUGAAGUUCCGGGCCAGCAGGAACACCGACAGGAUCUACAUCUACAGCAAGGAAGGCUCUCCACUGAACUGCAACUUCAUCCCCAUGGACAUCAAGCUGGACACCUGGGACGACCUACCCCAGCAGUUCAGUUGCUGGGAGAACCGAUUGCAGGUGCUGUGCUUCGUGCGGGGCUGGACCUCCCUGUCAGCCAUGAAGCAGAGGGUGAUCCGGAGGAGCGGUCGCCUGUUCCAGAGCUCCAUGCUGCUCCUGGAGGAACUCACCAGUGACCAGCGGCGGCGCAGCAUCACCAAACGGUUUCUCACCAAAGAGGAUGUGGCCCACGCCUCACUCAGCAAGGCCCGUAUCGAGAGCGGCACCAUCCGACACGUCACCUCUGAGACCUCCACCAGGAGGACAUCUGCCCAGCUGACCAGCAUGUCUCCUGACAGGGCCGACCCACAGGAGAGGGGGUUCCUGCAGGCGCUGGACAGCGCGGGCACCCCCCUGUGCCUGUCCUGCCAGGCGCCCUGCAGGCCCGGGGGCGCCUGGGACGGCCGCUUCUGCCAGCAGCGCUGCCGAGAGGACUUUCAGACACGGUCCAGCGGAGCGUACGUGCGCACGCGGGUCCUCGAGGCCGAGCACGGAGUGUGCCAGCACUGCGGCCUGAACGCACACCAGCUGUUCACGCGCGUGCGGGACGCACCACCUGCACACAGGAAGGAGAUGCUGGAGGGCACCUGGCUGGCACAGCUGCCCCUCAAACUGCUGAACGAGAUCAUCCGCAGCCCAACAGAGGGCCAGUUCUGGCAAGCUGACCACAUCCGGCCUGUCUACCAAGGCGGGGGCCAGUGCUCCCUGGAUAACCUGCAGACCCUUUGCACCGUCUGUCACAGAGAGAGAACGGCCCAGCAAGCCAAGGAGCGCAGCCAAAUGAAGAGGGGCGUGGCUGCCGGCAAGCUGGCCUCUGACAUCACCAAGUUCUUCAUCAAAAAGUGAGCGGGGAAGGGCCCCCCCAGCACUGGCUGAGGGCUGCAGGGACCUUGCCAUCCCAGCGCAGUCUCUGACUAACGACCGGGCCCCUCUCUCUCCCCGUUGGCCUCUUGGGGCCGAUUGCUGCCUCCCCUCCAGAGGCACUGAGCAGGAGAAGACCCCCCCCCCCCCCGGCCAUGCUCUGAGCAAGCACUGGUGAUUUAUGGUGACAUUAAUCAGGGGCAGGUGGUUCUGCUUCUAUUUUAACUUUUUGCAAAGUUGGGUGGGGGGGGGCAGACACUCAUUUGCAUUUUAACAGAAGGUGCCUGUUAGUGAUGGUGUCCUGGGUGCUGCACUUUCUCCCACGACUCCUGUAAGUUGCUCAAUAAAGCUUGUUAGAUUUGGAAAGGGGCGUAUGGUUUCAUGCAGGAGAAUGCUUCCGUAUUCUCAGGGCAUGUUCCCCUGAUAUUAGUGCCUCUGACCGCCGUCAGCAUCCCCUGAUAUUAGUGCCUCUGACCGCUGUUAGCGUCUCCCCCGCAUUAGCGUCCGCUCUGUGGCGCUUGCAUCAGUCUGCUUCCUGGGCCGCUUGUGCCAUGUGACAGCGGGCAUCCUCAGGGGUACCAGUCAUCCCAGUCUAUUCUUGCACGUUUGCCGUUUGCUCAAGUCAGGGGGGAGAAAGUGCUGGAAGUUACUAUGGAGACGGAGCGGAGUGAUAAGCAGCACUUUGGAAUAUGCAGUACUUUCACAGCUCGCGUUCCGUUUAUAGACUAGUUAGCAGCUCGCCGCUAAACUGCGAAUGGAUCUCAUCUCACUUGCUGAAUUUCCUUUGAAAAUGAAACAGAAAAUAGAGAAAUGAAACUGAAAAUAAACAGGCAUGUCUGAUUCAUGAAGCGCAGGGUGAGAAACAAGGCGUUUAUUUUUAGUUCCAAAGAUUCAAGGCUUAACCUGAGCAGGUUAAUCGUGACCGGCUGCUCGCGGUGACGUCAGCACUGGUGGGGAUUGGCAGACGCUUGGUGGAGUACAUCGGCCCUGCCUGGGAGGCAUCAGUGUGCUGUCACUGCUCAGCCUUGCCCCCCCCCAAUCAGCUGGCACCGUGAUCAUGAUCAGGUUAGUGAUGCUCUGUCACGGCAUCGUUCACACCCAAGCCUGCAACCAUGCACUGUACUUGAUAUGGGUAAUGCUUUAAAAUUUGCCCACAUAAAUGGUUUUAUAGUGGUCUUUCUGUGCCAGCUCCUCUGUAUCCUAUUUAAUCUCUGAGGAAUGCUUCACAAAAUUACAGUGAGGUGACUGGUGACUGAUACGAUCGACCUACACGAUCGCUCGUGGUGGAGCUGUUAGAUGUGUGUUCAGCCACUAGACGUUACGGCGAUCGGCUGGAUUCUGAAGGACGGACCCAGUCCGACGGAGCUGCCAGCCUACCCGAUCCCGGCAGGGAGUUUCACUGAGCAGAAAUGAGUCCACGAACAGAUAUUUUAAACAUGCAAUUCAGCACAAUUUUUAAAAUCUCAAUCUUUAUACUGCCUUCCUUACAGAUUAACUUGCCAUCUGUUAAAGUUUAAGGUGAUACGAGAAAUUUUUCUGAUUACAGAUCAUUAGCAAAACACAUUUCCUUAAAAAUCCCCCCUCACUCCCUCGCCUCGGUGCCUCGCCUCUCGCGCUCGCUGUGUACCCUUAAAUCUCCUUCCUCUCUGCAUGUCUGCGAGUGCAUCUGGAAGCACAAAUUAGCGAGGCUUCUGGCAGAGCUCAGCUGCUGAUCAAAACUGUCAGAUAUCUGCUGUGCUGGUUACGCUGCUUUGAGAAGACUAUCUUAUUUUUUUUGUCAGUUGUUUCCAGAUGAGCAUCAUCGGUGGCUCUGAAUGACAGCGUAAACGAGGGCUGAGAUCCGCAGCCGCCACAAAGGGUCUGUCCAUUGUUUGUGCUGUGCCCCCCGCCAACCCCCCC